CUCCCUGUUGCUGCCGGCGGGGGGGAAGAUGGUGAGCUGCGGGUCUUGGCGGCUGCAGGAGGAGGAUGAUCACGGCCCCGAGUGGCGGCAGCAGGAGGACGGGCGCUUCAUCCUUACUUUCCAGCGCUUGUUUUUCGCCAUGUGUCGCCCGGACAGCUUCCCCAUGGCGGAGCUUGAGGAGAGGCUGAGGAACAAAAGGAACCCCGCUUUAUUGCAACAGAUUUUGCGGCAGACAGUUUUUCAUCCGCUUAGCAAAAAAUAUCCUCCGUCGGUGAAGUACAGAAGAAUUUUUCUAUCGGAGCUGAUUAAAAAGCAUGAAAGGGAAGGAGCUGAGCCUCUAGAUGAGUUGUAUGAUGCACUGGGUGAAGUGCUAAGAUCAGAAGAUUCACUGAUGUGUUACAAGAACUAUUUUCUGAAAAUCAUUGUUCAGUUGUCAGGAAAGAACAUUACCCUUGCUGAAAAUGUGGCAGUAAUCUCUGAAGGAACCACGGGUCUGGUCACAUGGGAAGCUGCACUGUACUUUGCAGAAUGGGCGAUGGAAAACCCUGAAGUAUUUAACUGCAGGACCAUUUUGGAGUUGGGUAGUGGAAUUGGUCUUGCUGGAAUUGCCAUUUGCAAGACUUGCAACCCGGAACGCUACAUAUUCAGUGACUGUCAUCCUAAUGUACUUAAGCAACUCCGGAAGAAUAUUAUUAGAAAUAAUCUGCUAAUAGAUUCUGACACCUGGAACUCAAAAGAAUGUGAAAUAGAGACCAAAAGUAACAGUGGAUCUGAAGAAAUCCAAAGUUCGAAAGUUACCAUUUUCCGAUUGGACUGGGGAGAAAUUACACAAGAACUGAUUUCAGAGAUUCAAUCGGAUAUUAUUAUGGCAACAGAUAUAAUUUAUGAUCCUGAGGUGGUCAUCUGCUUGGUUUCUGUAUUGAAGAAACUACUUGUUGCUACAACUGAUGGAACGAGGAAAACAAGUUCUGUUGUAUAUUUGGGGUCUACCAUACGUAAUCCGGAGACGUAUCACCAAUUCAAAAUGGAGCUUGAUAAAGUUGGAAUUGAACACUACAAGAUGAAAGGACCUUCCACUGAGGUGUUUCCAUACAACAAGUGCACAAAAAUAGAGUUGCUUAAAUUAUGCUAUGGAACUUGAUGUCCAAAAUGCUGGAAUGCAAAAUAAAAUUGUUUCCCGUUCGAAGAAUCUUGACCCACACAUUGUGAAAAACAGCAAGAGCGUGGAUACUUUUUUCUUAGUAGCUUUUGAAAAGAGAAAUAUCAGACAAACAAUAAUUUUAACUUAAUGUAGCUUGACAGCCCAUUUGAAAAGUACUAUGUCUUUCAAAACAACAAGAUUUUCAAGCUGCCAUUUUUUUUUGAAAAUGUGGUCAUUUAAAAUUGAUAAUCCAGAAAUUCAACGUUCAUUGGAAAAAAAUCAAAUGUUCCAGCAUCAUCUUCACACUGGACUUUCUUAUCCAUGGUAUUCUAUGAUCUGCCAGAAAUAAACUAUCGAAAUGGCCAAACCUAAUCAUUAGUUUCAGUAGUGAUCACAGAUUUCAGUCACUUGCUGGCAGCAGAGGAAGUACUGUAUCAUCCCAAUUUUCAUCCCACUGAACCAUCUUGGAUUCUUUCAGGUUUCUUUUAAAUAUACCAAGUUUUUUUCUUUCAUUGUGGAAGUCUGUAAAGAGAAGCUGAAAAUAACAUACGUCAUUAGCUAAAGAUAGAAAAGGUUUAGAUAGAAUUGCGCAUAUAGCUCAAAUUUUAAAUCAAAAUCAAAAAGGUUAAAUGUGUCAUUGCCAAAUUUCAAAAUAUAGGGGCUAUUUUGCAUUUAUAUAAAAACACUUUUUUUGCUAUCAAUAAAAGCCUACCUAAAGAAUUUCAACUGAUACUAAUAAGCCUUUUACUAUGAUACCAACCUUAGGUAAUACCCAUUGUUUUUAAUUCAGAUUAGUCUCUUCUCUUAUGACUGUCGCAGCCCAGUGCUUUCACAAAUAACAAUAAAACCACACAUAGCAGCCCCAGUAGUCUGUGCUUGUAUGUUGAUACAAGGGACAUGAUGAAUUGCUUGGGCAUGUAAUUUUGCAACAAAAUGUAGAUUCACUCUUUUUAGGGCAAAGCAGCCUGACUGGCAGCAAGAUGCAACAUUUUAGGCAUUUACAGUCUCCAGUAAAUGCACACCACACCACCCAGAGAGACAUGGGUGGCUCAUAAACAAGUCAUGUAUAUCUUGACUUGGAAAUAGUAGCAGGACCAAAUGAUUUAUUUUCUCCUACCUAACAGUAUGGUAGAUUAUCAUUACUGUACCACUUUGCAAGUGGCAAUUAGGGAAGGGCAAUAAAUACUGGUCUUGUCAGUUGAUCUUCAUUCUAUGAAUGUAACAUUCUUGAUUUUAGUCAUCACCUCAGUUCCCAUUGCUCCCUCUUCAGUGAAUUCACUGCCCUCUCUGUCCAUACAUUUAUUGAUGGCUAUUCGUUGAAUAUAUCACCGUUUUAUUCUUGUGGAACACCUGCAGAUUUCUUCCUUGCAUCCAUCAUCACACACCAAAUUAUCAGUUUUACAACGUCCUAUUCCCUCGCAAUACUUGUUAACACUGACAUCCAAGCUCAACAUAAAUUUCUCACUACACCAUGAAUGGUAAGUUUCUUAAACAUUUGGUCUGAGAUUUGUACCUUACCUAAUAAUUCACUAAUUUCUACCACUCUUUACUCCCUGCAAAUACUUCCUCCUUUUUUAACACAUUAAUUCAUCCAAAAAUAAACCAAUUUUGACCUAUCGAUCUUCACUGGAUCACCUUCUAAUCUUCUGUACCAAAAAUAAUCUUAACCUUUCCAGCCAUUUUUGUGUAUUACAUUGAGCUGCUGUACAUAAAGGAGGUAGACACAAAAUACUGGAGUAACUCAGCGGGACAGGCAGCAUCUCUGGAGAGAAGGAAUGGGUGACGUUUUGGUUCGAGACCCUUCUUCAGAAGAACAUUGGUUAAAAAAGGGCACUGAAGUUAAACUCUAGAAUUAAUUAUUGCAAUAACAGACAAAAUGUAACGAUGUGGGGUAAGCAUAGAUAUAUGUAUAUAAUAAAAAAAUAUCCUGGAGAAAAUACAUCCAUGGCAAGGAUUAACGUACACAAUUGUACAUCAGUCAGACAAAUUCAUAGAAUGUUUUAAUAAUUUACCACACUGGUAGCCAAUCUUUAAGGGGCAACGUCUAUGUGUACUGCAAGACUGGACAAAUUUAGUUUAGGGCAGGUUUAUAGACAGUUACAUGUGAGAUUGUUGUAGAAGAUUGUGCAAGUAAAUUAAGAUAACAAAUCUGUAUAUUAUGUUAUUUGGAAUAUUAAUUUUGAUGUUUGCUGCAUCAAUGUAAGAAUGGCAUAAAAUCUUUAACCUGAAUAAAAUAUUAAAUGUUAUUAACCAAA